UCGGCCCGGUGGUUGAGAAACCCUGCACUAGUGUAUGUGAGGUCAGUUUUAACUUGCAAAUGUGUUCUUAGUUCCUGGUGUUUUGAUCAUGUGUUGAAUAAUUUUACACUUCACUGCCGACCACCCCACUCUGCGGUAUUUGUUCAUGGUAAUUGGAGGAGGAAAGUCUUUUCUCAGAAAUGAUUGAAGUUCAUUUAAAUGACACAAAAUGCAGCCGAGACCUUUUGAUGCUGAAACCGUUGGCACCUGGAUCGAGACUAGUGUUGGUCUGGUUUCUAAAUUCUAAUGCUUGUCAUUUAAAACCUUAGUUUAGAUUCAUUUGGGUUUGGAUGUGGGAGUCUGGUUCAGCAACUAGGGUAAAGUUGAUCUCAGGUGUUUGCUAAGGAGCAGCAGAAGCCCCGCCCCCAUCCUCACCUCUUACUUGCAGAAGCCACGCCCCUUCCAGCUCACAUACCUUUCUACUGUAAUCGCGGAUGGAAGUGUUUGACGUCGAAACUGGACCAAAAUGAGCCUCCCUGACAGCAAGUCCUCAAGAAAACAGUCUGUAGAGCCGCACUCUUCAGUUGUGCAGCUGAACAUCGGUGGUCGGUUGUACACCACCACUCUGAGCACCCUGCGGAAACACCCCAACUCCAAGCUGGCAGACAUGUUCUCCGGGCCGCUGAAGCUUCAGAAGGACGCGGAGGGCCGCUGCUUCAUAGACCGGGACGGGACACACUUCGGUGCGAUCCUCGAGUACCUUCGCACUGAGGAGGUCCCAAACAAGAACUUGCUGGAGGUGCACAAGGAGGCCGUGUAUUAUGAUAUAAAGCCCCUGGUGAAAAUCCUCGAGGACACACCUCAGCUUUUCGGCGAGACUGUGGGAAGGCAGCAGUUCUUGUCUCGCGUGCGCAACUACCAUGAAAACCUGGAGGUGAUUAUCAGAGUCGCCAGAGCAGAAGCCAUGGCUUCCAGAUACUCCACAAUAAUCAUGUGCGUACUAAGGACAGAGGAGGAUCUGGCGAGGUACAAUGAUGCUAUGGACACUCUGGACUCUAAAAAGGAAUCUGUGGUCAGCUUUGGCCCCUGGAACGCUCCAGCUACUGUAGAGGAUCUUCUGGAUUGUAUAAAAAUGGACAUAGAGGCUAAAGGGUAUAAAGUGAGCCUGAAAGCACAUAACUUGGAUAAAGGGUUUCUUUUCAAGAGCCAUGGCUUCCUCUAUAAGCUCACGUUCACCUGGUGGUGACUGUGAUUGUCGUUUUCAGUUCAUUUGUUUUUGUGAUGUCACAGCGUGUUUACAUAUAUCCACCUAUUUAUCCUAAGGCAGAUCAGCCCCACUCAUUGUCUUUGAAGAGUUUCAGCCUAGGCUGCUUAUUGAAUGAGGCACAACACAGGGCAACCAGUCAGAACAGAGAUCAUUGACAUAUAUGAGUCUUAAAGGCACAGUAAAAAAAAACAGCCUGUUUAAUUCUAGGGGAUGAAGAGAAAGGUUGGAAAGCAGUCAUGUAAAAUGAAAAAGUGAAACAAUUGGCUGUUUUUGCUGCAUAAAACCACAUAAAAGUCCUAAGUGGACCUCAUGGAAAUAAACAGAAUACAUAAAAUGUAUGAUAUUAAGAUUAAUUGACCCUUAUUAAUCCCACAACAGGGAAAUUUCACCUCUACAUUUGACCCAUCCGUUCAGUGAAACACCGCAUACACACUAGUGAACGCACACACACUAGGGGGCAGUGAGCACACUUGCCCAGAGUGGUGGGCAGCCCUAUCCGCAGCGCAGUUCGGGGUUAGGUGCCUUGCUCAAGGGCACUUCAGUCACGUAUUGUCGGCUCAGGGAAUCAAACCGGCGACUGUCCGGUCACAGGGCUGGUUCCCUAAUCUCCAGCCCAGGACUGCCCCAGUUGUCCUUUCCAUAUUAACCUUUAAUCAUUCUUUCAUCUUUCAUUCUUUAAUCAUUCUUUUCCCUUUUCCCAUUAAUUGAGGUUAUCCAGUAAAAAUGCAGUUUU